UGCGAUAUUCAUGAAAAAAUUGUGUUUGCCAAAAAAAAAUAAUUGAAGUAUUUAAAUUUAUAUUCCUUAUAAAUACGCAACAACUGAGACGAUUUAAAUCGUCCGCGUCGAUUUGCUGGCUACAUGUCUGUUGCAUAAAUAUAUUUUGCUCGCUCUGUUGCUCGACCCUCAUUCAGACACACACACACUCUUUCUCUCUUUCGCACAUCGUUUCGCGUCAAAUGUCAACUCAACGUUAAAGCGACACUCACACAGUGAAGAAAUGUCAAACAAUCUGUUUGAAAUAGAAUCACGCAUCCAACAACAAACCAAUAUUACUGUGUUUUUGUUUGUGCAAUUGUUGUUUACAAUUGCGGUAAUUAGUGUAAAAAUCUACUUGAUAUCACAAAUAAAUAGUUCAUUACUUUAGUUACAGUUUUCAUUGAGUUUUGUUCUGUGUUUUCCUGUCAAAAUGUCACAAAAUCGUUUCGUGUUGAAAGCAACAGAUCAGAACAAUCUGGAAAAAAUUUCAAAAUCAACUGAAAACUUGAAAAACAAUAUUAUAUUAAUGUCAUUGACGAAUGCACAAACUGAUAAAGUAUUAAAAUUGGCACAAGAUGUAUUUGAUACUUAUAGUGAAGCUAUCGAAAAUGUUAUCCCAUCGACCGAAAAGAAUGUCCGCCAAAAUAUAAAUACAUUGCAUUGCCGUGUGAAAGAAAUACUCGCUGCACAUGAUUCAGCGUAUAAGCGAAAGAAAAAAAUCGGCGAAAAGAGAGAAAGACUGUGUGUGUGUCUGAAUGAGGGUCGAGGAACAGAGCGAGCAAAAUAUAUUUAUGCAACAGACAUGUCGCCAGCAAAUCGACGCGGACGAUUUAAAUCGUCUCAGUUGUUGCGUAUUUAUAAGGAAUAUAAAUUUAAAUACUUCAAUUAUUUUUUUUUGGCAAACACAAUUUUUUCAUGGAUAUCGCAAUAUUUGGAUAGAUUUUCAAAUAAAAAUAGUAAAGUAAAUUAUCUAUACACUUAUUUUUGUGUGUGCAUGCAAAUAUGGUCAAUAAAAUGUGCGUAUUUGCAACUGUCAUUCCUACUCGCCACGAACGAGACGAAGCAACAGAAGAAAACAACAACAAUAACACUACGGAACGCAGUGCAAAUGCCUGUGAAUAUUUGUCAAUACGUGUCAAUGAAUGACACAUACUAUGCUGAAACUGCCGGAUAUUACAAUUAUCUCACAACCGAACGAAACCUGGAAUUGCUCGCGUUUUUAACGGAUAUAUUACGAAUUUUCCAGCGAUGCCAUAAAAAACUCCAAAGCAAUGAUUUAACGAUUGCUAGUUUAGUGCGUCCCUUGAAUUUGCUGCGAAAUGCACUCGAAGAUUUGAAACAAAACCCAUUGUUAGGCGGCUGGAAAAAAGCAUUAAACGAAGAAAUUGUUGUGGGAGAGGAUGAAAAGGUAUUCCUCAAAGAGGUUGAGCUUGCUCAAAAAGAAACAAUUUGGAAUUAUCAUCAAUUCUUUUGCGAUACCAAGAGCUUGUGCAAUUAAAACCGAAAAUAAAUUGUUAUAUAUUUAUUACAAUAUGCCAACGCUUGAACAGUGGAACCCGCGGCGAACAACAGUUUACUUUCUGAAUGGAAAAGCAAGUCGAGCACGAAGUGAAACCGAAAAGACAAAGGAAGCACUGUAUUAUAGAGGAAUAUUCGAUGUGCCCGAUGUGAUUGUUGACAACGAUAAAAAAAUUCGGUAGCUCUAAAAAAUUCCUAUUUUAAUCACAGACAUGUAGACACGUAUAUACUGCACAGCCGCUUGGUGAACGCAUCAUAUAUAUCUGAUUUUUCUACUCAAGCUGAUUGGAAUAUUUGGUACGUGUAAAAAUCUGUUGUUUAACGAACAACAUAUAUUGUAUAUAUACAAAGUUUAUUCAUAUACUGAUAUUUUCCACCAAGAUUCUGCAAAUAUUCUUCGAACUAUUAAAUAUAUAUGAAAAUAUUCAGAUAGGAUGAUAUCUUUUGUAUAAACGAAUUUACUCCAGUAUUUGAUAACAACAAUAUUUUUGAAUUUUCUCUCUCGCUAGAUGGCACUUCAAAUUGAAAAUAGGCACAAUAUCAAGCCUAUUUUCAAUUUGAAGUAGAUAUUUUUAUUGCAUCAUUGUGCGCAUGUGUGAGUGUUCGGGUGUGUGUGUGUAUUGAGAAGUAGCCAUGUCUCAUUAAAAACAGACCUCAUAGUAUAUCCUUAUGAAUUGUAUUUUUGUAUUGAUUAUAGUGAAUUAAAUAUGAAAUAUAUCAAAUUGAAAUUGUGCAGAAUAGUUAACAAUAGUAACAUAGUUCACAAUUCAGUGGUUGAAUUCUGUGAACUGAAUUAUUCAGUUUGUAUUUAAAAGCAGAAAAUAUGGACCCACCCGCACAUGAUUCACCGAAACAUAUUCUGAACGUCCUGAUCGAUGACUGUGUAGACGAAAUCUUUCGCCGCAUAUUUUGUUUAGAAGAUUUUCUCAACAUGUCGGAAGUUUGUCAACGAUUUCAAAAAAGCGCAAAAAACUGUUUUCGAAUGCAGUUCAAAUUGGUGUAUCUGUUUAAAAGGUAUCGACAAGAGGCUAUAUGUGUACCUUCAACACGGGCAAUUGCACUUCUGAAUACGUUUGGACCAUCAAUUCAAGGACUGCAAUUCCAAACUACAUCAGAUGAAGAACACAAUGAUGAAAUAUUCGAAUCAAUCGUAAAAUUCACCAGCAAAACACUAAAAGAAUUACAUAUUGACUGCUACACCAUGUGUCACACCAUAGAUUUCGAACAAAUGCCAUUUCCUGCUUUAGAAAUUUUGCAUUUAGGUUCAGUUUUACCGAAAAACAUCGAACAGAUCGUCUCACACUUAAAAGGAUUAAGCAUAUCACAUAUAGAACCAAGUUGUUUCAUACGAGAAUUUCCGCGAUUGGAGAUGUUUAGGAUCGUA